GAGAGACUAUGCAGCAAUUAGCACCUGACGCUUACACGGUCGGCUGGAUAUGCGCCAUAAAGCCAGAACUCGUAGCUGCGAGAGAAUUUCUGGACGAAGAGCACGAGAUACCGGACUGUAUAUCCCCGAACGACAACAACAAUUACACUCUAGGGGGAGCUGGGCGGCAUAAUGUUGUCAUUGCAGGCUUGCCUAGCGGCGAGUAUGGCUUAUGUUCCGCGGCAAGCGUCGCAAGAGACAUGCUGCACAGCUUUCCCAACAUCAGAAUCGGCCUAAUGGUGGGUAUCGGUGGGGGUGCACCAAGCCGAAAGCAUGACAUCCGUCUAGGUGAUAUUGUCGUCAGCAUUCCUCGCGAUGGAAAGAGUGGUGUGUUCCAGUACGACUUUGGUAAAACCAUACAAAAUCAAAAGUUCCAACCCACAGGAUGCUUGAACCAACCACCGACAGUGCUUCGGUCUGCUGUGAGUGGUCUUGAGGCGCAUUAUGAGAGCAAAGGGCACCGGCUGGAACAAGCCAUCAAUAAUGUCCUCAAGAAAAAUCCAAGACUGAAGAAGAGGUAUCAGCGACCGGACCUAAGCACUGACAGAUUAUAUCAAAAUGGAGUUAUUCAUCCUUUAAACAGUGAAGCAGACUGCGAGGAACUCUGUGGGGAUGAUCCGCUCCACUUGAUUUCGCGGCCCAAACGGACGGAAUAUGAGGAUAAUCCAGCUAUUCAUUACGGCUUGAUUGCUUCGGCAAACCAGCUGAUGAAGGAUGCUUCUGUACGGGAUAGACUUGCAGCAGAGAUGGAUGUUCUGUGCUUUGAAAUGGAAGCGGCAGGCCUGAUGAAUCACUUUCCCUGUCUGAUCAUUCGUGGUAUAUGCGACUACUCAGACUCUCAUAAGAAUAAGAAGUGGCAAGGGUAUGCGGCGAUGGUGGCAGCUGCGUAUGCGAGAGAUCUGCUGGACCGAAUCCCGCCAAAUAAGAUUGAGGCUGAGAGGAGGAUUGGUGACAUUCUCUCCGGGGUGCAAGGGACAGUCAGCCAAAUCUCGACAGAUGUUGGGGAAAUCCUUCAUGACAAACGAGAUCAAGAACACCAAGCCAUUCUUGACUGGAUAACGCAGAUUGACUACGGCCCUCAGCAAAGCGACAACCUUAGGAGGCGACAACAAGGGACUGGCCAAUGGCUUCUGGACUCUACAAAGUACCAAACCUGGCUCGAAACCGCCAAGCAGACAUUGUUCUGUCCAGGUAUUCCUGGAGCAGGGAAAACAAUUCUCUCCUCAAUUGUCGUCAAUGAUUUAGGUACACGAUUCAAGGACGACAGUAAUGUUGGGAUAGCGUACCUCUAUUACAACUUCCAUCGGCAAGAUGAACAGAAACCUGAAGAAAUGUUAUCGAGUUUGCUUAAACAGCUGGCUCAAAAUCAACCUUCUCUACCAGAAACUGUGAGGUCUCUACACGAUAGGCACAUAAAAACGCGGACACGGCCGUCUUGUGAAGAAAUCGCGAGUACCUUGCAAUCUAUAGCUGUCAUGUAUUCUAGGGUAUUCAUUAUCAUCGACGCACUGGAUGAAUGCCAACCAUCCGACGGCUACAGGACAAGAUUCUUGACAGAGAUCUUCGCUCUCCAGGCGAAGAGUAGGGUGAACCUCUUUGCUACUUCGAGGAUCAUUCCUGAAAUUAUAGAAAGGUUCACUGGAAGUGAAUCGCUAGAGAUCCGUGCCAGCCAUGACGAUGUACGCAAAUAUCUGGACGAUCGAAUUAGUUUCCAAUGCGAAUCACGCAUUCUGAAACGCGUGGAUCUCAGAGAAAGAGUGUCGACCGCAAUUUUAAUCAGGUUUCUGCUGGCAAAGCUCCAUCUAGACUCACUUAUGGAUAUGAAAUUGCCAAGAGAUAUUAAGACCGCACUGGAUACCCUCCCGAGGGGCUCCAAGGCCUAUGAUUGUGCCUACCGGGAAGCUAUGGAUCGGGUGAAUCGCCAGGGUCCAAUUUCCGUGAAGUUCGCCAAGAAGGUUCUGUCAUGGAUCACCUGCGCAAAACGACCACUGAGUACGAUGGAACUUCAAUAUGCCCUAACAGUAAGGGAGAUUGACGAACCAGAGCUCGAAGACAACCUUCCCCAGGUCGCAGAUAUUGUCUCCGUGUGCGCUGGGCUGGUGACAGUUGAUGAAGAGAGCGACAUCAUCCGUUUAGUCCACUACACGACACAAGAAUACUUUUAUCGAACGAAAGAGCAAUGGUUUCCAACUGUAGAAUCAGAUAUUGUGACGACUUGCGUUAGAUAUCUCUCAUUUAGCUCGUUCGAAAGUGGGUAUUGCGAGACACGAAAGGAGUUUCGACAGCGGCUACAACUCAAUCCCCUUUAUGAGUAUGCGGCAAAAAACUGGGGCCAUCACGCUCGCAUUACUUCAAUGGAGGAGGAAGAGCAACGGUCAAUUUUGCGCUUUCUUGGCAGCGAAGCUAAGGUAUCUGCCGCCUACCAGGCACUGGUCUCUGGAACACUACAUUACUAUGGCAAAGAAACCCCGACUCGGAUAACAGGAGUACACCUUGCUGUGUUCUUUGGGUUGGAGAAAUUAAUUACGUUGGUUCUCAAAAAUACGCAAAGCCCAGAUGUUAGGGAUUCAGAUGGUCAGACACCAUUGUUCUACGCAGUUGAGAGAAGCCAUGAAGCAGUAGUGAAAUUGCUGCUUGAGAAGAGCGCGGACCCGAAUUUGCAAGAUGCCAAGAGUCGGACGCCACUUUUUUACGCCGUAGAUUGUGGCCAUGAAGCAGUAGUGAAAUUGCUGCUUGAGAAGAGCGCAGACCCGAAUUUGCAAGAUGCCGAGAGUCGGACGUCACUACUUUACGCUGUGGAGAGAGGCCACGAAGCAGUGGUGAAAUUGUUGAUUGAGAACAGUGCGGACCCUAAUUCGAAAGACGAAGAAAGUCGAACUCCAUUGAUAUACGCCGCAAGGAAAGGAUAUGAGGUGAUAGUCAAACUGUUGCUCAAAGAAGGAGCUAACCCGAACUCUAACGAUGACGAUAAUCGAACGCCAUUGAUGUACGCCGCGGCAAACGGUCAUGAAGCAGCGGCGAAGCAGUUAAUUUUGGCGAGGGCCGGUAUCAACAGUAAGGAUAUGCUUGGAGCGACACCGCUGCACUGGGCGGCCUGGGGACAGCAUGCGGCGGUUACACCGCUGUUGCGGGCCAUAGAGAAAGGAAAUCAAACUGCCAUCAGACUACUGCUGGAGCAUGGUGCCAAUCCAGUAUCUAAGGGUAGUUGUGGCUGGACCCCCCUGUCGCUUGCUAAGAGGAACGGGGACAUGGCUAUCAUCAAGUUACUGCAGUCGUAUGGAAGAUCUUCUAAAAUUAACCCGCAGCCUGGCGAAACGGGGUACCACCAGAAUGACAUCUCAACAUAA